GUUCAUAAAAUACGUCUCCAAACUGCUGCACACAUAUCAUUGCAUCGGGGGUGCGGGAAGCGCAGGAUUUCCUGUGGUGUUGCUGAACUGGACACAUCCGAGUUUUAGAUUCGCAGAAGUACCUAGCUCAUUUUAACCUCCGUCGAUUUAAUGUCUUAAUCAAAACCUUCUCAUCUGUACGUGCCCUAGACUACACCUCGCCGUAGUUAGUCUGAAGUAAGUCAUCAAAGAUGUCCGAAGCCACAGUGGCCGAUACUCGCCGGUUAAACUCUAAACCGCAGGACCUGACGGACGCCUACGGCCCUCGCAACUUUCUGGAAAUCGAUGUGUACGACCCGCAGACUAUAGGAGUCGGCCGCAAUCGCUUCACCACUUACGAAGUCCGGAUGAGGACAAAUCUUCCCAUUUUUAAACUGAAGGAGUCGUGUGUUAGACGAAGAUACAGCGACUUCGAGUGGCUGAAGAAUGAGCUGGAAAGAGACAGCAAGAUUGUUGUGCCUCCAUUGCCUGGAAAGGCAUUGAAGAGACAGCUUCCCUUCCGUGGAGAUGAGGGCAUUUUUGAGGAGUCCUUCAUUGAGGAGAGACGAGCUGGGCUUGAACAGUUCAUCAACAGAAUUGCAGGUCAUCCUUUGGCCCAGAAUGAACGCUGUCUUCACAUGUUCCUGCAGGAUGAAAGUAUUGACCGGAACUACAUUCCCGGAAAAGUACGGCAGUAGGGUUUUCCAAACUGGGACAAGGGAGGGUCUUCUUUCUUCGGUUGUCAGCUUCUAUUCCCAUUCAUCUGCACACAAAGUGCAGAGUAACAUUUAUUUUUACACCGAGCAAAAUCUAGAUACUUGAUGAACCGCGCAGGACUUGGUUUUAUUUAACAGAUCAUGUUUUGUACAUGUGUCUGAGAGUUACUCUUUACACACACAUUGUAUUUCUUUAUUAUCGAUACAAUGUACUUGUUAGUGUGCGUGUGUGUGUAUUAUAACUAUACAUUAAGCUGUAGCACUGUAAAGCAAAGAGGGUUGGCUCAUAUCUUUGUCCUCUCUGGCGUCUGUUGAAAGAACAUGUGCUUUACGAGUUCAAGAGUUGAGGUGUAUUGCAUGUCAUUCCAAACAGUGCAAAUGCUUAACAAAACACUUGGUGAGCAAUGAAGAGCUGGAUUUUCAGCAGAUUAUAAAAAUGCUCCUAAAUGUUAAGCAUUACACUGUUUAACAAAGAAGCAAGCUGAAGAAUGUUCUGGGCUGUGUUUCAGGCAUAUAUAUUUGGAAAAUGUACUCGGUUUUCAUGUGACCAUCGGCAAGACCGUAAAAUUCUAGCCAGUAUUCAUAAUCACAAACUCAACUUGUAUGUAAUGUUGCCUUUUGCGCCGUUAACUACUGAAGCUUGUUUCCUUCAAAAUAUUGGGGGGUCCCAAUUACCUUUUUUUUUUUUUCUUUCUUUUUUUUGUAAACUCUCAAAGUUGAAAUUGCAAGAUUUUGUUACCUGUAUUUUUUUUUAUUUUAUUUUUUCCUGGUAGAAACAAGCUUCCCAUACUCAACUGUCCAAAACAUCGUUUGAAUAAAAUUUAAAAGUAUCAUCUUACAAAAAUAUGAAUAUUGCAUUUCAAUCUGAUAAACGCAUAUAUUGGAUUAUGAAGAGAUUAGAGCCUUUUAGUUCCAAUUUUAUGCGAAGAGAUAUGGUUCUGAGAUUAUGUUUGAAGAUUCAUGCUAAUCUGUGUUAGCAAACAAACAGCUUUCAAAAAUAAAGUAUAUAUCAGGCCUGUUUAGUAUGUAUAACCCAAUAAUAGGCAUUGAGUAGUUGGAAGGUAUGUUCUAAAAACUGAUAUUAGGGUUGAAGUGCUGUAAUGCCCUUUUGUCAACCGCUAUGGAGUUUUCCAAAGUAAUUAAUAAACAAAUAUACCUAUUUUUGAUAUGAAAUAAGUGCGCAAGACCUGUGUUGUAUGUGAGUCCAAGUUAAACUCGAGUCGACCGUGCGAAAGAUGAAAAAAAAAAAAAAACCGCUCCCUAGGAGGACAAAAUAUGUGCCAACUGUGUAAAGGUUGUCCUGCCAAAGUUCAGUCAUUUUCCUCAGAAUGACUCUAUAUUUAUGUUAUCUCCUGUGUUCAUCGAUUUGUGCCUGUGACGUUUGUCUGUAAAUAAAGUAAAACAAAAUAGAGCACCGGCUGGAGAUUUUAUAAUAUCAGAACUUUUUUUCUUAUUCUGUUUAUUCUCUCUUCCAUUUUAGGUGUGAAUGAAGUUUUGGUAAAACCCCCUCCUUGUCCUGGACCCAUCUGCUCUACCAGCUCUUUUCUGCACAUCAGUCAAAGCCUUUCACAGCUGCUGUCCAUGAUAUUCUGUAUAUAUUUCUAUUCUCUAAUAGAACUACAACACCUAUUUCACCCUGAGGAUGAACUCAUCUUAAUGCUGUAUUUAUACCUCAUGCACUCUUUUUGUGGAAAGACACAUUCUUUUCUUUAAGCGAAUAUUCAUUUCUCUAAAAACAGUGCUUUUUGUGUUUAUUCUGAUUAAAACUCCUGGCAUAAAACCUUUCAAGCGACACACAGAUUUUCCUCCAAUAUGUAUAUUAUAAAGAGAAUUUGAUCAGGCCACAUGACAUUCCUCAGUGUAUUCUUGAUUUAAAGUUUAAGUCUUUAAUUAGAUUUAAAGCAACAUGCUUCCCCUAGUGAAAAAAUAAAUAUAAUUUAAUGUAUUUGAAAUACAUUUAUUUCAUGCCAAGUAUACUACAAAUACAUUUACAUAUUUAUAAAGGUAAUAAAAAUACCCUGCAUUUGCACCUUUAGUAUAAUAAAGUCUGCUAAAUUGGAACAACUAAUUUUGUGCUAAUGCACUUUAACUGUGUGGAAGUAGUUCUGAAGAUAUACUGAAGUAGGCCUAUAUUUGAUUGUGCUCAAGUAGAACUAUAGCAAGUAUACUUUAGGUAGGCUAAAGUAUACAAUAUAGUGUAGCCUAUAUAAAUAUAGGCUACACUAUAUCUCGGAUUUAAAGAAGGAUAUUAUUCAAAGAUCAUACAAUCCACAUCAAUAGUGACAACAAAACACAUUUUCGGCUUAACAUUAUGAAAUGUGUGUUGUGCACUAGCAGUAAAAUAAAGUUUAAUUACAAUUUUUAUAUCGGUAAGUCUUAAACGGCGUGUCAGUAAAUAUGUUCAUAGAUUUGAACUAUACUUAGUAUGAAGUAAAUACAUUUUACUUGGGUCAAGAAAAGCGAUAUCGUCUCAAAAAUGAAUGAAGUCACAAUCCAAAACCAGAGAACAGUUUUUAUCAAGAUGACACCGACUCACCAAAUGUAGCACUUCAGAAGCUAAAACUAGGAUUGCCUCUCGACAACGUCUUCCUUUACAUUCCAUAUUUCAUUUGUAUCUAUUUGACUAAACAUGUUAAAACAAGGCUUUUGCAACCAUGUUUAAAUGUAUUUUCGUUUGUUUAGUGUCCGUGUGUAAGUAAAGCUUCGGGAAUGUACAUAUUCAAUCACUGUGAAAAACUGAAUUCCAUUAUGACAAAAUGUGUCACAUUUGCUGUUAUGUUUCCAUAUGCCAUCUCUUAAACUGAGUUAUGUUCUUUUCUGGCUCUUUCUAUUCUGGUUAUUUUCAGGACUGUGUGUAAAGAAAAGGGCACUCGUUGAUUUUUAAACAGAUAGCCAUCCUUUCUACCCAUGAAUAAACCCUCUCUGUCUCCUUCGA